AUGACAUACGACUAUUUACCGGACCGAGGAGAUGUACCAGUGUCGAACUCGAAGAUAUUCACCCUGACUUCGACUUUGGGCAUGAAAUUCUACAGUCGCGCUGUUGUUCUCGCUAUGGGUGCUGGUGGAGCUGGGAUUUCCAAGAUCUUCCCAUGGAAACCAUCAAGCAAAGAGGAUGGGGCUGAUGCAUGCUGUCACAGUAUGGAAAUUAAGUCUUUCCCAAGCCUCAAUGUUCGCAAUAAGAUUCAGCGAAGACAGCAGACAAAUGUGGUUGUUGUUGGAGGAGGAUUAUCCUCAGCACAGAUUGUCGAUAUGGCUGUGCGAAAAGGUGUUACGAAAGUGUGGUUUUUGAUGCGAUCGGGUCUUAAGAAACGUCUUGAAAUGAUGAAGACAGCUCGGAACGGCGGCAGCAUCACGCCUCGCUAUACCCGAAUCGUCAGGCAGCAUGCCGCUAAAAAUCGCGCAUCGAUCCACACAGGCACAGUCAUCACAUCGCAUGAGUAUAACCCGGAGUCGCAGACCUGGUCACUUACUACCGAUCCGCUGAUUCCUGAUCUGCCUCCCAUCGACUAUAUCUACUUCGCGACAGGGGCCCGUGCAGACGUAUGCGAGAUGCCCUUGCUGAACAAUAUGAAUGCGCAGUACCCCAUUGAAACGAAAGAGGGAUUACCAUGUCUAACAGAGGAUCUCAUGUGGAGAGAGGAUGUACCUUUAUACAUGACUGGUCGUAUGGCCGGUCUACGUCUUGGACCUGGGGCACCGAACCUCGAGGGUGCACGAGUAGGUGCGGAGCGAAUUUCAUGGAGUCUCGAGGAAGUACUGGAGAAGAACAGGGAGGUUGGAGAACAGUGCGAGGGUUUUUGUGGGCUGGGGAAUCGGUAUGCUUCUCUACUCGGAGACUCGGACGAAUAG